GAUUCCCUGAACGUCACCGAAUUUAUAUGAAGAUCGUGGUUGACAUUAUAUGAUGACAAAUCUCUUACGAACAAAUUCCGCACUGACCUAUACUUUUGUCAAGCACUUCAGCAUUCGAUUCCAAUGUCGACCUGGCCAGUUCAAAUUUGAAAGCAACAUUUCGUUUUUGUUUGGCAAAUCACCGUAAAAAUCAACGAAAUUCUUGGAAAGUGGGCUCAACUGUAUUCAUAACCACUAACUGCAGAUCAGACUCUCAAAAAUUGUGUUAAUUUAGAGUACGAAUCCCAAUCCCUAAUCUAAUUAACAACGGUACUACAUCCAGUAAAUGCCAUAGAUUGUGUUUUAUUUUACAUUGUGAAUACGAAGGGAUAGUCAGGCAUCUCAUUUGGGCGCUCAAGUUGGUGGGCUCUGCGAUUUUGAACUUUCAGACAUGGAAGCGAAAAAAAUUGGUGUGUUGAUGGUCUAUCCUGUAAUGCCAUACCUCUUGGAGGCUCUUGAAAGUAGAUUUAGGGUAUAUAAACCAUGGGAAGCUGAUGAUAAACAGGCUUUUUUGGGCGAGCAUAGUGAUUCAAUACAAGCAGUCGUCUGCGGUACUGCUGCGGGGGCCAAUGCAGAGCUAAUUGAGUCACUUCCUAAGUUGGAAAUUGUCUCCACAUUUAGUGUGGGUCUGGACAAAGUGGAUUUGGUCAAAUGCAAGAAGAAGAAAAUAGCCGUCACCAACACUCCAGAUGUCCUGACUGAUGAUGUUGCAGACUUGUCCAUAGGUUUGAUGCUCUGCACGCUACGACAGGUUUGUGCAGCGGAUCGAUAUGUGAGACAAGGAUUGUGGCCUAAAGCAGAGUACAAGCUCACUACUAAGCUAAGUGGAAAGAACGUUGGGAUUGUGGGGCUUGGACGCAUUGGGUUGGCCAUUGCCAAGAGGGCAGAAGCUUUUGGGUGUAAAAUUGCAUACCAUUCAAGGUCGAAGAAGCCUGAGAUCAAUUUCGAGUAUUUUUCUAGUAUUGUGGACCUUGCAGCUAGCAGUGAUGUUCUUGUGGUAGCCUGCCCAUUAUCAAAAGAAACUUACCAUGUUGUUGAUCAGAAUGUUAUUGAUGCACUUGGACCAAAAGCAAUCCUUGUGAAUAUAGGACGUGGUCCCCUUAUAGAUGAGAAUGAGCUGGUCAAAGCUUUAGUUGAAGGUCGUCUGGGAGGUGCUGGGCUUGAUGUAUAUGAAAAUGAGCCUCAUGUGCCAAAGGAGCUAUUCGACUUGGACAACGUAGUAUUAUUGCCACAUGUGGGAAGUGCAACCUGGGAAACAAGGAAGGAAAUGGCAGACCUUGUGGUUGGCAACUUAGAAGCAUACUUUUCAAAGAAGCCGUUGCUAACGCCAGUAGAAUGAAGAGCAAGAAAUUAUAAAGACCACUGCAUUGAUUGCUGAUAGUAUUCAAACAUGGGUUUAUGUAACCUUGCAAUUGUUUAAGCUAUGGUACUCAAACAAAUGCAAUAGAGAAUUCCUUAAAUCUUCUACCUGGAAUUCCUUGUUUGGCAUCUUAUUUCUCAUGUCUAGCCUUCUAUAUAUUCAAUAUUGAACAUAUUUUGCAGAA